GCGUCAUACCGACGCAGACUGACGUAGACGUUCUACACAGCAGUCUCUCACUGCUGAAUGGUUAUUGUUUGAGGUAACGUUAGAGCAGCAGUCAACAGCAGGUAGGAUGUUGCGGCUUCGCUGUAAAACCAAAAAUGGGAGCCACAUAAUGCAGGGCUUGACUCAUCAGUCCUGUGUGCAAGAGCUCAAGAGCAAGGUGGAGGAGCUGACGGGUAUCCCCUGUGAUGUGCAGAAAAUUAUGGUUGGUUAUCCCCCCUCCAGCCUUGAUCUUAAAAAUGGAGACGCUCACCUCAAAGACUACCCCAUCAAAUCCGGAGACACACUCAUCGUUGAGGAAGACAAAAACAAGCCAAAGCCUCCUCAGGAUCACCCCACUGUGACCAAAGUACCACGCCUGGAAGCAUCUCCCAUGCUGGCACGCCGAGUGGUCCCAGCUGACAACUCCUGCCUCUUCACCAGUGUGUAUUAUGUGGUGGAAGGCGGAGUGUACGACCCUGCUUGUGCCCCUGAGAUGCGAGGCCUCAUCGCCCAGAUUGUGUCGAGCGAUCCCGCAGCUUACUCAGAAGCGGUGCUGGGAAAGACCAACGAGGAGUACUGCUCUUGGAUCAGACGUGACGACACCUGGGGGGGAGCCAUCGAGGUGUCUAUCCUGUCCAAGUUUUACCAAUGUGAGAUCUGUGUGGUGGACACUCAGACGGUCCGAGUGGAUCGGUUUGGGGAGGACGCUGGCUACCACAAACGCGUGCUGCUCAUCUACGACGGCAUCCACUACGACCCGCUUCAGAAAGAAACGCCCGGCUCUGACGCACCGCCCCGUACGAUCUUCUCAACCACCGACGACGUAAUCCUGGCGCAGGCCCUCGAGCUGGCGGACGAGGCUCGCCGCAAGCGGCAAUUCACGGACGUUAACCGGUUUGCGUUGCGCUGCAUGGUGUGCCAGACCGGCCUGGUGGGACAAAAGGAAGCUCGGGAGCAUGCCAAGGAGACAGGCCACACCAACUUUGGCGAAGUGUAAACACUGUUUUUGUCUUUUCUCCCUGUCACAAAUACAACAAUUCUGUCAAUCUGCUUGUGUGAUCCUCUACCUCACAUUGUCCAGCAACAUCUACGGAGAAUCUGCAGACACUGUGCAGCCUCUAACCUGUUCAGUAUUACUUUUUAACUGCUGUCAGUUCUCAAAGUCAGAAAUGCUACUGCAGAUGUCUUCAAACCGUCAUUUAAGUCUGUUUGGGAUGGUUUGAGAUGUGUUUAACUGGGUCAGGUAAAAUAUGCGAACCAUUCUUAGGAUUUGUCUUAUUCUCUUUCAAUAACUCGAUGGCUGGGUUGUAUUUCUAACAAACCAAAUAGUGGCUGGUUGAUGGUGUUGUCAAUUAGAAAAUGCAUCAAAUAGCCAUUAUUUACCUGUUACUUACUAAAAGUAUACUUGAUAAAACCCUGCCAUUUGGCUCUAGAAGAAGUUUAAAACAACCACUGAGAAUUAUUUGCACUAUGAUGUGAUCAUAUUCACUGUUGUCUUAAGCGCGACACACAAAGUAUGACUGUUAUUCAUCAUGUUGGUUAUGUAGCAUGUCUUAUUUCUCUUCUAAUACUUCAAAACCUGAUAAUUAAGUUAAUGUAGGUGUCCAAAUUGUUCAGCUGUGUUAAUGCUAAGCUGGAUUCAUUUUUAUACGUGACAUCUUUUUGAAUUUACCGAGCGGUGGCCAUUGAGAUGGAUGUUAUGCAUUUAAAAAAUACAACAUGUGGGAAAUUGGGAUCCCAAUUAACCUAUUUACUUAUGUGUGACUUUUCAUUUUCCCCCUGCUUUUUGGAUGUUGCAACAUGGUUUACCUGUGAUCUUAUUUUAGAUUUGACAGAAGAAUUAAUGGUGCUGAAAACCAAACAUUUCACAACAUCUGUAGCUCUUGGGUUUUUUUCUUCACGGGUACGGCAGUUUGUCAGGAGUGUCAUUUUUAAUCCUAGCGUGUAGUUUUCAAAUGUCGUCAUGCUGAAAUCUUUUUAAACAUUGUGUUUUUUUGUUUUAUAUGACUGCAUGUUUAAAAAAAAACAUCAACACUUGGUGAGGUGUUUGAGCGUAGUGUAGUGACUAGAAAGCUGAAAGGAGUGAGUCAGACAUGCUGUAUCAGAUACAUCCUGCUCACCUAAUGCGUUUACAGUACUCUUUAAGUCCAUACGUUGUGUUUAGCUAAGCAGCAAUGCUGUGAACGCUUAUUCAGCAUUAACCAAUUACCAUUGCAAAUUCAAUUUUUCAAUUCACGUUUGUAGCCCUUUUGUCAGUGUUUGAAAACUGAGUUAAAACCAUUUUGGUUUAAUGUUUAGUGCAUGUUGUCCAAAAAAAAAAAAAAAAAGCGCCAUUCUGUUUCACUGUAUGUUUUGCACAGCUGGAGCAAGUUCUCAUAUUUUCAGCUCAUCUUUGUGCGAAUUCCUUUUAAUACUCUGCCGAGAAGGACGAAGCACCCACUUGUUUAUGUUGAACCACAGCUCAAACUUUUUUACAUUUGCCAUUAAGAUAGUUGUAGGAUUAGUUUUUAUUGUGGCUUCAUGUUGUGCAGAACCGUUAUUCCUACUUCACAUAUCUAUGGUGGCAAUAUUGGAACUGAGUUGUUGCCAAAAAAAUGGAGUUUGACAGGGAAGGACUUGAUUGGGGCUUCUUUCUUCUGUUGAUUUGUCUUGUUUUAGACUCAGAGAUUAACAAGAGGUACAGCUAAAAUGUCCUUUCUUUAUUUGAAUGUGAAUUACUAUGAUUUCCCCCUUCAUUUGUUACUUAUUAGGUUAUUUUAACAUUGAUUAUGGAUUAGUCUGCUUGCAUUAAAGUAAAACUAUGAAAUGGCUUUGUAUUUUAUAUUUACCAAGUUCUCAUGACUCUUCAAGGACAAUAACAAUGAAUGUUACACACGAAGCACUACAGAAUAACUGGAUUUACUUGAUUUUUUUUUUCUCAGUUUUGUGUCACAAUUAAAGGUUAGAGCCAAUGA